AUGAAGGGUGCUGUUCUCUCCGUCUUGGCCACUGGCGCCGUUGCCCAGAUCACUCAAGGUCCCUUUGCUGGCUUGGAUUUGGGCCUGGAUCAGGGCCAUGCCGACUUCCGUGUCGCCGCCAUCGACCGCAAUAGUCCUGAGUUCGCAACCUGCCAGCAAGCUAUCGGAAUCGUUCAGAACUGUGUGUCCGCUAUCGGUGGCACUGAGGCUGCUGCUACAGCUGAUCCCGAGGCCCUCGUUGCUUGCGCUUGCUGUGACGGACGCGACAACGCUGCUCCCCUCUACUCCGCCUGCUCUGGCUACCUCGAAGAGGAGGCUGCUGAGAACACUUCUCAGUAUGAAGCAUACGGCACUCUAUAUAGCGCCUGCAAACUUGCUCCCAAGUGUACCGGAGGUAGUGGUAGCGGUAGUGGUAGUGGCAGUGGCAGCGGCAGCGGCAGCGGCAGUGCCAGUGCCACCGGCAUUAUUGGCCGUCCCACAGCUUCUCCUUCUGAGGAGGAGUCUGAUACACCUUCCGAGACCCCUACGAUCACUAGCAACACCAGCCCUGCUCAACAAACCUAUGCUUCAGCCUGUGUUGACAUGCUAGACAUCUUCAGCUCAUGCACACAAAACAACCGAGACUUCACCAGACUUCCCUUCACUGAGCAGGCCGAGUGCUACUGCUGCCGUGGCUCUGGUGAUAGACUCACCUGGACCGACUCAUUCGACAAGUAUGCUUCUACCUGUGCUGACUGGGCACGCACUGGCGAGCCCGAUACCGCCUACCCUGUCGCCAAGACCUUCGCUACCUUCUGCGAGCGUUUCACUGACGUCUGUUCAAACGCUGCCGCCCGCACACAGGAGUCUGACUCCACCGCGACUGACGAGGCCAGCACAACUGAAGAUUCCAACUCCCGCGCGACUGGCUCCUCCAACAGUGGCAGUGGCGGUGACGAUGCCGCUACUAGUGAGCAGAACACUGGACCUGUCACUGUCACUGUUUCCAGCCCUGCUCAGCCUUCUGAGACUGGCAACGAUGCUUCCUCUGCUCGUGUUGCCUUCGGUGCUGUCCUGGCUGCCGUUGCUGCUCUGGCCAUCGCUUUGUAA